AUGGAGGGCCAGGAUGCCAGUCCGAUUCUCUACGUCAACGGCAAGCGUCACGUCAUGCCCGAGGGCAAGGCCGAGCAGACGCUGCUCGCCUACCUCCGAGGCCUCGGGCUGAGCGGCACCAAACUCGGGUGCGGUGAGGGCGGAUGCGGCGCGUGCACCGUAAUGGUCAGCAAUUACGACCGAGCCAAGGGCGAGGUGCAGCAUCGCGCCGUCAACGCGUGCCUCACCCCGCUCUACGCGUGCGAGGGGACGCACGUGAUCACCGUGGAGGGGCUCGGUACCAAGCGCGGGGGUCUGCAUCCCGUGCAGACGGCCCUCGCGCACGCGCACGGCUCCCAGUGCGGCUUCUGCACCCCGGGUUUCGUCAUGAGCAUGUACGCGCUGCUCAGAUCCAAAAAGACCAAACCCACCGAGCUCGAGAUCGAGGAGGCCCUGGGCGGUAACCUGUGCAGGUGCACGGGGUACAGGCCCAUCCUGGAGGGGUUCAGAACGUUCGCGAGGAACGCCCCGGAUUCGGCGUACUCCGGCGAGACCAUCAACGGCUCCGACUCGACUCCCAUCUGCCCCUCCACCGGACAGCCGUGCACAAACGGCUGCGGCGACACCCCCGCCGCCAAGGCCCUCGGCGCGGCCGAGGACGACCCGGUCACCGCCGUUCGUGAACCCAUCUUCCCGCCCGAGCUCAAGCGAAGGGUCCCUACGCCGCUCGCGUUGCCCGGCGCGAUCGCCACGUGGCACAGGCCCACCACCCUGGCGGGGCUGCUCGCGCUCAAAAAGGCCCACCCCGACGCCAGGCUGGUGUGCGGCAACACCGAGGUGGGCGUGGAGGUCAAGUUUAAGAACAUGAAAUAUCCCGUCAUCGUCGCCCCGACGCACGUUCCGGAGCUGACCGAGGUGACCAUCGCCGAGGACAGUCUGGUGUUGGGCGCGAGCGUGACGCUGACGACGCUGCUCAACACGUGCGAGACGCUGACGCUGACACUCGGCCCUGUGCGCACGAGCGGGCUCGUCGCCAUCAAGGAGCAGCUGCGGUGGUUCGCGGGCCCGCAGGUGCGUAACGUGUCGAGCGUGGGCGGGAACGUCUGCACGGCGUCGCCCAUCUCGGACCUGAACCCGCUCUGGAUCGCGUGCGGCGCGACGUUCGAGAUCGAGUCCCUCGACCGCGGCGCCCGACGCGUCGCGGCGCGGGACUUUUUCAAGGGGUACCGCUCGACCGACCUCAAACCCGACGAGGUGCUCACGGCCGUCGCGCUGCCGCUGACGGAAAAAGGGGAGUACGUUCGGGAGUUUAAGCAGUCGCACAGGCGCGAGGACGACAUCGCGAUCGUCACCGCGGGGAUGCGCGCCAAGUUCGACGUCGUCGACAACGUUCCAACAGUGGCGGAGAUUGCCUUCGGGUUCGGAGGCAUGAGCUUCAAGACGGUGUCCUGCCCUAAGACGUCCGCGGCGUUGGCUGGCAAACCGUGGACCGACGAGACGUUAAAACUGGCGCUGGCGACGUUGCCGAAGGAUCUCCCGAUGUCUCCAGACGUGCCAGGUGGCAUGUGUGAGUUCCGCAGGUCCCUCGCCAACUCGUUCAUGUUCAAGUUCUACGUCGACUGCUGCCGCAGGCUCGAGGCUGACGGCCUGGUGACGGACGCCGUAUAUUCCGCCGCGGGUUUGGACGAAGCCGACCUCUCCGCCGCCGAUAGAUUCCACAGACCGUUCCCCCGCGGGGCUCAGUACACGCAGGUGAGGGACGGCAGCACCGUGGGGCAGCCCACGAUGCACCAGUCCGCGGAGGUCCAGGUCACCGGCGAGGCUGAGUACGCCGACGACAUCGCCAAACCCGCGGGUAUGCUCCACGCGGCUCUGGUGCUGUCCACGGUGCCCCACGGGAAAAUUUUGGACAUCGACCCGGCCGCCGCGCUCGCCACCCCGGGGGUGCACGGAUUCUUCUCGGCGAAGGACGUGCCGAACAACGUCAUAGGACCCGCCGUGCUGGACGAGGAGGUGUUCGCGUCCGAGUACGUCACCUGCGUCGGCCACCCCGUCGGCAUCGUGGUGGCGGAUACGCAGGAUAUCGCUCUGGAAGCUUCCAGGCUCGUCCGGGUCAAGUACGAGGAGCUUCCGGCGAUUCUCAACAUCGACGAGGCCAUCGCCGCGGACUCGUACCACACCUGGCCCGGGUUCACGGACCACGGCAUCGAGGACGGCGACGUCGACGCCGCCAUGGCCGAAUGCGAAGCCGCCGGCCGCGUCGUCGAGGGAGACGCCAGGUGCGGCGGCCAGGAGCACUUCUACCUCGAGCCGAUGGUCAGCCUCGUGUGGUGCGGGGACAACGACGACCUCAUCACCAUCUCGUCCACGCAGGCCCCGCAGAAGCACCAGAAGCUCAUAUCGUCCGCGCUGAAGAUCCCGUGCAACAGGGUCGUGUGCAAGACCAAGCGCCUGGGGGGCGGGUUUGGCGGGAAGGAAACGAGGGCGGCGUUUCUCAACGUCUGCGCCGCGAUACCGGCGUUCCACAUGCGCAAGCCCAUCUCCUUGGUGCUGGACCGGCACGUCGACAUGGCCAUCACCGGUCAGAGGCACGCGUUCCUGGGUAAGUACAAGGUUGGGUACUCCCCCGAGGGUAAGAUCCUCGCGCUGGACAUGAUGCUGUACAACAACGCGGGCAACUCCUUGGACCUGUCCGCGGCCAUCAUGGACCGCGCGAUUUUUCACAGCGACGGCGCGUACAAGAUCCCCAACGUGCGGGUUCACGGCCGGUGCUGCAAGACGAACCUGCCGUCCAACACCGCGUUCCGCGGGUUCGGCGGUCCGCAGGGCGUCAUCUUCGCCGAGAUGUGGAUGGACAGGGUGGCGAGAAAACUUGGCCAGCCCGCGGAGAAGAUUCGACACGUCAACCUCUACGAGGAGGGCGAGACGUGCCACUUCGGCCAGGUAAUGGAAUCCUCGCAGCUUCGCGCGUGCUGGGACGAGGCUGUCGCCAAGGCUGACGUCGACUCGAGGCGCGCCGCGGCUGACGCGUUCAACGCGGCGAACAAGCACAGGAAGCGGGGCAUCGCCGCCACCCCCGUGAAGUUUGGCAUCUCCUUCACCGCGCUCUUCAUGAACCAGGCCGGCGCCCUGGUGCACUGCUACCUGGACGGCACGGUCCUCGUCACCCACGGCGGCGUGGAGAUGGGCCAGGGUCUGCACACCAAGGUUGCGCAGAUUUGCGCCGCGGAGCUCGGCAUCGAGACUGAUUCGGUGUACAUCGCCGAGACGUCCACCGAUAAGGUUCCGAACGCGUCCCCGACAGCCGCCUCCGCGUCGUCCGACCUCUACGGCGCCGCGGUCACGGACGCGUGCCGCCAGCUCAACGAGCGCCUGGCGCCCGUCAAGGCGCAACUCGGCCCGGAGAAGUCGAAGGAUUUCAAGGAGGUUUGCACGGCGGCGUAUUUCGCUCGAAUCGACCUCAGCGCCCACGGGUGGUACACGACGCCCGACCUCGUGUGGCAGUGGGACGGGACCAAGGGCCGGCCCUUCAACUACUUCUGCUUCGGCGCCGCGGUGUCCGAGGUUGAGAUCGACACGCUCUCGGGGGACGUCAACUUACUUCGGACGGACAUCGUGAUGGACUGCGGGGACUCGAUAAAUCCCGCGCUGGACGUGGGUCAGGUGGAGGGAGGCUUCGUUCAGGGCAUGGGAUGGGUCGCGCUGGAGGAGUUAAAGUACGGCGAUCCCGAUCAUAAGUGGAUCAGACCCGGCACGCUGUUCACCGCGGGGCCCGGAACGUACAAGAUCCCCACCGCGAACGACAUCCCGCUGGAGUUCAACGUCACCCUGCUGCACAACGCCCCCAACCCGAGGGCCGUGGCGAGCAGCAAGGCGGUGGGGGAGCCCCCGUUUCUGCUGGCCAACUCGGUGUUUUUCGCGAUAAAGGAUGCGGUGUGCGCGGCGAGGGCGGGGAACGGUCUCGACACGGACAUCACGAUGGACUCGCCCGCGACGCCGGAGAGGGUGAGGAUGGCCUGCGGAGGGCCCAUCUCGGACGUCUUCUACGACUCCACCAACGCGCCAGUGUACCGGGCCAAGCUCACGUGCUGA